CCGGCGAGGCCGCCGACCAUGCCUAGGAGGGCCGGGAGCGGGCAGCUGCCGCUACCCCGGGGCUGGGAGGAGGCCAGGGACUACGACGGCAAGGUCUUCUACAUCGACCACAACACCAGGAGGACCAGCUGGAUCGACCCCCGGGACAGGUUAACGAAGCCCUUGUCGUUUGCUGAUUGUGUUGGGGAUGAGCUGCCAUGGGGAUGGGAAGCAGGGUUUGACCCUCAGAUUGGUGUCUACUACAUCGAUCACGUCAACAAAACCACACAGAUAGAAGAUCCGAGAAAACAAUGGAGAGGAGAACAGGAGAAAAUGCUCAAGGACUAUCUCUCAGUGGCUCAGGAUGCGCUUAGGACGCAGAAGGAGCUGUACCACGUGAAGGAGCAGAGACUGGCUCUGGCCCUGGAUGAAUAUGUACGAUUAAACGAUGCUUAUAAGGAGAAGUCAAGUUCUCGCACAAGCUUGUUCUCAGGAUCUUCAUCCAGUACUAAAUAUGAUCCCGAUAUUUUAAAAGCUGAGAUCUCCACUACGCGAUUAAGGGUUAAAAAGCUGAAGAGGGAACUCUCACAGAUGAAGCAAGAAUUGCUCUACAAAGAGCAAGGCUUUGAAACAUUGCAACAAAUUGAUAAAAAAAUGUCUGGAGGCCAGAGUGGGUAUGAACUUAGUGAAGCCAAAGCCAUCCUGACGGAACUGAAAUCUAUCAGAAAGGCUAUCAGCUCAGGAGAAAAAGAAAAACAAGAUCUGAUGCAGAGCCUUGCUAAGCUGCAGGAACGGUUUCAUUUGGAUCAGAGCAUUGGCAGGUCUGAGCCGGACCUGAGGUCCAGUCCUGUGGACUCCGAUUUGUCCCUCUCCAGGCAGACCCUUGAUGCUGGCUCGCAGACGAGCAUCUCUGGCGACAUUGGAGUGAGAAGCAGAUCAAACUUAGCAGAAAAGGUCAGGCUAAGCCUACAGUAUGAAGAAGCCAAAAGAAGUAUGGCCAACUUAAAAAUCGAACUGUCAAAGCUGGACAGUGAGGCCUGGCCUGGGGCACUGGAUAUUGAGAAGGAGAAGCUGAUGUUGAUUCACGAAAAGGAAGAACUUUUGAAAGAGCUUCAGUUUGUCACUCCCCAGAAACGCACUCAGGGUGAACUGGAGCGCCUGGAAGCUGAGAGGCAGCGGCUGGAGGAAGAGCUGCUGUCGGUGAGGAGUGUACCCAGCCAAGCUCUGGCCGAGAGAUUGAAAUUGGAAGAGAGAAGAAAAGAGCUCCUACAGAAACUUGAAGAAACCACUAAAUUAACUACUUACUUACAUUCACAACUGAAAAGCCUCUCCGCCAGCACUCUGUCCAUGUCUUCUGGGAGCAGCCUGGGCUCCCUGGCAUCCAGCCGGGGAUCUCUGAACACCUCCAGCAGAGGGUCGCUCAACUCCCUCAGCUCCAGUGAGCUCUAUUACAACAGCCAGGGCAAUCAGAUAGACACGGAUUAUCAGUAUAAACUGGAGUUCCUUCUGCAAGAGAAAGGUGGUUACGUUCCUUCUGGACCCAUCACCACCAUCCACGAAAACGAAGUGGUUAAGUCCCCCAGCCAGCCUGGCCAGAGUGACCCCUGUGGGGCGGCAGCCACAGCAACCAACCACACUCCCCCACUGACUGAGGUCCCCAAGUCUGUGACGUCGCUGUCCUCCAGGUCCUCCCUUUCCUCCGUGUCCCCUCCUGGCUCUCCCUUGGUCUUGGACGGUGCAUAUCCGCUAUCUUCUCAUGAGGCACCUCUCCAGCUCACUGCUGACUUUGAAGACUGUGAAUUGAGUAACCAUUUUGCAGACAUUGGUCUCAGUGAAAAUCCGAUAUUGCUGGAUUCUGAUUCGGGAGUAGCAUCCAGGUCCUUUUUAGAGGACAAAGAUCUUAACGAGUGUGCUAGGGAGCCGUUAUAUGAAGGAGCCACAGAUGUGGAAAAAACUUUACCCAGGAGGAGAGCAACCCACUUGCCUGGGGAGAAGUUGGCUUGUGUGUCUGCUGCUGUGUCGGAUGAAUCUGUGGCUGGAGACAGUGGUGUCUAUGAAGCUUUCGUGAAACAGCCUGGUGAAAUCGAAGACACCGCGUAUAGCGAGGAGGACGUUGCCGUCAUGGAGACUGCCCAGGUGCAGAUAGGGCUCAGAUAUGAUGCAAAAAGUUCAAGUUUCAUGGUGAUUAUAGCACAACUCCGAAAUCUUCAUGCCUUCUUGAUACCUCAUACUUUAAAAGUCUAUUUCAGGGUUGCUGUACUUCCCUCCUCCACUGAUGUCAGCUGUCUGUUCCGAACAAAAGUCCAUCCAGCCACAGAAUCCGUUCCAUUCAAUGAUGUAUUCAGAGUGGCCGUUUCCCAAUCAGCCUUACAGCAGAAGACGCUGAGAGUAGAUCUUUGCUGUGUCACUUCGCACCGAAGGGAAGAGUGCCUGGCUGGAACUCAGAUCAGCCUAGCCGAUCUACCAUUUUCCAAUGAGAUUUUCACUCUAUGGUAUAAUUUGCUUCCGUCCAAACAAAUGCCUUGCACAAAGAAGGAAGGAGAAAACGACGACUCUGUCUUCCAACUAAACCAGCCAUCUGUAGACUCUGUAGACUUGGAUGCAGUGUCAGCCUUACUUGCAAGAACGUCAGCUGAGCUGCUGGCUGUGGAGCAAGAAUUAGCACAGGAAGAAGAGGAAGAGGACCUAGGGCAAGAAGAAGAGCAAAGAGGUCCAGAUUGGUCAGCCAGGCUAAGAGAGGCUUCAGAUGACCUUGUGACUGAAGAAGAGACUACAGUUAAAGUGCCAGAGGGCGGUAGCUGUACAGAAGACUUAAAUUCCAGCACGAAUGUGUCUGAGACAAAUGAAGACAAGAGUAGGAACGAAAAUGACGGUGCCCAAGACCCUGGGAGUCAGCCGCCCGCUGGAAUGCCCACCCUGGUCGAUAAAGAGACAAACACUGACGAAGCCGUUAACAACGGAGCAGCAGUUCGCCCCAAAGACCGCGGCGGCCUGGGCUCCCGCCAGCAUCCCCUUGUGAGAAGCAGCGUGAUAGUGCGCUCACAGACCUUUUCACCGGGAGAGCGGAGCCAGUACAUCUGCAGGUUAAAUCGGAGUGACAGUGACAGCUCAACUCUGGCUAAAAAGUCACUCUUCGUGAGAAACUCCAGCGAACGGCGCAGUUUGAGGGUUAAAAGGACCGUUUGCCAGCCAGUCCUUAGAAGAGCAGCACAAGAAUGCCCGGUGCGUACAUCUCUAGACUUAGAACUGGAUCUCCAGGCAUCUCUGACCCGACAGAGCCGCCUCAAUGAUGAGCUGCAGGCCCUGAGGGGCUUGCGGCAAAAGCUGGAGGAACUGAAGGCUCAAGGAGAGACCGACCUCCCGCGGGGUGUGCUGGAGGAUGAGAGGUUCCAGAAGCUCCUGAAACAAGCUGAGAAGCAGGCUGAACAGUCAAAAGAAGAACAGAAACAAGAUUUGAAUGCCGAGAAGUUGAUGCGGCAAGUCUCCAAGGAUGUGUGUCGGCUUCGGGAGCAGAGCCAAAAGGUGCCCCGGCAAGUGCAGUCCUUCAGGGAGAAGAUUGCGUACUUCACCAGAGCGAAGAUCAGCAUCCCAUCCCUGCCGGCUGAUGAUGUAUAAUUACAUAGUUUUAGGAAUUAUUUUUUUUACCCGCUCACGUUGUUAGGGAGGGUGAAAAAGUGAACAUUUGUUCUGUUUUGAUUGUAACAUAAUUAUCAACUCUUAAAGAGCUUUUAUUUCACAUCAGAUUUUCAACAUAUUAAUUUGUAAAAUACCUUGAAUGUAAUUCUUAUAUGUUUUUUUUAAAAAUCAGAUAACCAAAAUGGAAUAAUCUGGUACACAAAUGUUGUACAGUAUGUGUGCAUUGCCUCUGGGCUUUAUUUUAUAAAAAAUGGAAUAGAGGCAGUACCAGGGUAUGUCCUAUUGAGCUGACUGUUGAGAAGAAACUUGUUCAGCAGAAGGUGGCUUUCGCUUUUCGUGAGUCUUCUUGUGAGUCCACUGUGAAGAUGGCAGCCACGCGAUGUGGGAUUUUUGUACAGAGUGCAGCUCUUUUCAGUUUGAAAUUUAACGUGAGUGUAAGUUUCACUUCAGAGUUUCAAGUCCACCUGAAACAGGGGCCGUGUUUAUUUUCGUCACCUGUGGUGGAACACUUUGUUUCCUUGAAACCAUUUCCUUUUUGUCCUUUUAUAUUUGUCUAAAGAAAACAAAAACAUGAAUAUUGAGUGCAAGAAUAUAAAAAAAUGCAAAGGAGCAGCACUCCUGGAACCACUCAUGGUUUAUUACAUUGAGGGUAGAGGAGAUUAGAGGAAAAAACAGUUACCCUAAGAUACACGAAAUCCUUAGGUGAGCAGCUGCUGCUUCUGACUCAGCGGGAUUCACGCAGGUGUGCAAACAUGAGUUUCUGGCGUGCACCCAUGAUGCUGUGUCCUGGGCGUGCGGAUGGCGCCCAGGAGAUGAAUGCUGUGGCGGGUGUGCCAAGGUAGAGUCCUGGUGGUGCGGAGGGAAACGCAUCAGCGCGCGCUGGGCGAAACCAGAACAGAGGAGAGGGCAUCUUGGUGGACUCAGAGUUGCCGCAAAUAAAGCAAUACUUUGUCAAAUGGAA